AUGAACGCGAGGCAGAACUUCCACCUUAAUUUCUACGCCGGCGAUCCGUCCACGGCGGAUGCGACGCCGGUCAGCACGAGGCCCAUCGGGACGCUCUACGACCAGCGGAUGGCGCAUCGCUUCAUGGACGAGGACUCGCUCAUGACGGACGGCCUCGCCUUUCUGGAGGCGAAGGUGGGCAAGGACCACCCGUACGUCGCGGAGCUGUGCGCCGAGCUGGGUAUGAUACACAUGGAGGACGAGAACUUCAAGAAAGCGAGCUUUCUCCUGGAGCGCGCGUGGAGGAUCUUCCGGGAGAAGCUCGGCAAGUUCGACGCGCAGACCCUGCUGGCGCAGGAAGGUCUCUCCAUGACCCUACACAUGCUGGGAGAGCACGCCCGGGCAGACGCGCUGUUCGACGCGGCGAUGGCGGGCAUAGAGGACAUUUACAAGAAACACCACCAGAAAAAGGCGGCGGAGGAGGCGGCGCGGCGCGAGGAGACGCGACACGCCAACUUUCUGUCGAGGUACGAGCGCAGGAACUCGCCGCCGUCCGCGCCGGUGGGCGCCGGGCACGCCGGAAAGUGGGGGAAAGUAGCCGCGACCAGGACGGCGCUGCGUAACCUGACCAACGCUAAGGGCGCGGGUACAAAAGUCGACGGCAGAGGCGGGCAUGCGGGGGCCGAUGACGGCGCCGAAGGCCCGAGGGAUGACCGGCGCCGGGCCGAGCCCGAGAACGGCGCGAGGGAUAACUGGCGCAAGGCCAAGCUCAAAACCGCCGCCGACUAG